GGGGGCCAAAAGUGUUGUGGGCCUCGGGCCAGGAGGAGAACGAAAGUUCCUGCAUUUUGGCCUAGACUCUUCCGCCACAGCUGGCCACUUCUGCCUUUGGAACGUGUUUCACAAUGCCCCCUGUGUGUGAGGACAGCCUAGAUCAGCUGAGGAUGGAGAGGAGGGCGUGGGCUUACAUAGUGACACGCACCGGCACUCAGAGAGGAGGCAUGAGCUGAGUAUAGGCUCAGCAUCCCAUUCACGCGCGGAGAGUGCCUGCGCCUGCCGUCCUCAUGACAGGUGACAGCAGCCCUCAAAGUCUAAGCAGGAGCAGCUAUGGCUCCAUCUCCAGCCCACCCAGCUCAAAGCCACAGAAAGAGCCUCUCAGAGCAACCUACCUGAGCGAGAAGAUCCUCAUCCCGGACACAGAACCGGGCACAUUCAGCCUGAGGAAGCUGUGGGCCUUCACGGGGCCUGGCUUCCUCAUGAGCAUCGCUUUCCUGGACCCGGGAAACAUCGAGUCAGAUCUUCAGGCUGGUGCCGUGGCUGGAUUCAAACUGCUGUGGGUGCUGCUGUGGGCCACGGUGUUGGGCUUGCUCUGCCAACGGCUCGCUGCCCGACUGGGUGUGGUGACAGGCAAGGACUUGGGCGAGGUCUGCCAUCUCUACUACCAUAAGGCGCCCCGCACCCUCCUCUGGCUGACCAUCGAGCUAGCCAUCGUGGGUUCAGACAUGCAGGAGGUCAUCGGCACGGCUAUCGCGUUCAAUCUGCUGUCAGCUGGACGAAUCCCACUCUGGGGCGGCGUCCUCAUCACCAUCGUGGACACUUUCUUCUUCCUCUUCCUUGACAACUACGGGUUGCGCAAGCUGGAAGCCUUUUUUGGAUUCCUUAUUACAGUUAUGGCCUUGACCUUCGGCUAUGAGUACGUGGUGGCCCGUCCAGCCCAGGUAGCGCUCCUCCGGGACCUGCUCCUGCCCUCGUGCUCCGGCUGCGGCAGUCCUGAGCUGCUGCAGGCCGUGGGCAUCGUUGGAGCCAUCAUCAUGCCCCACAACAUCUACCUGCACUCGGCCCUAGUCAAGUCUAGAGAGAUAGACCGGUCUCGCCGGGCAGACAUCCGAGAGGCCAACAUGUACUUCCUGAUUGAGGCCACCAUCGCCCUGUCUGUCUCCUUCUUCAUCAAUCUCUUUGUUGUGGCAGUCUUUGGACAGGCCUUCUACCAGCAAACCAACCAGGCUGCGUUCGACGUCUGUGCCAACAGCAGCCUCCACGACUACGCCAAGAUCUUCCCCAAGAACAACCUUACAGUGGAGGUGGACAUUUACCAAGGAGGCGUGAUCCUGGGCUGUCUCUUCGGCCCGGCUGCUCUCUACAUCUGGGCGGUGGGCCUCCUAGCGGCCGGACAGAGCUCCACCAUGACCGGCACCUACGCGGGACAGUUUGUGAUGGAGGGCUUCCUGAAGCUGCGCUGGUCACGCUUUGCCCGCGUGCUCCUCACUCGCUCCUGCGCCAUCCUGCCCACCGUGCUCGUGGCAGUCUUCAGGGACCUGAAAGACCUGUCAGGGCUCAACGACCUGCUUAAUGUGCUGCAGAGCCUGCUGCUUCCCUUUGCCGUGCUGCCUAUCCUUACAUUCACCAGCAUGCCAGCCCUCAUGCAGGAGUUUGCCAACGGCCGGCUGAGCAAGGCCAUCACAUCCUCCAUCAUGGCGCUGAUCUGUGCCAUCAACCUCUACUUCGUGAUCAUCUACCUGCCCAGCCUCCCCCACCCUGCCUACUUCGUCCUUGUAGCCCUGCUGGCUGCGGUUUACCUGGGCCUCACCACCUACCUGGUCUGGACCUGUUUCCUUGCCCAAGGAGCCACCGUUCUGGCCCACAGCUCCCAUCGACACUUCUUGUAUGGGCUUCCUGAAGAGGAGGAGGAGAGGAUCUCUGGAUGAUCUCCCACACAGGGCCUGGCUUGGGCGUGGAAUGAAUGGGGCAGACUGGCCUGCCCCGGGGGGUGUGUGUGUGGAGGCAACAAGAUGGAGUGGGAGUUUUGGAGGCAGGCUAACCAGGCUUCCAUAGAGCCUUGCUGUUUGCCAGCUUGGACAAGGGAUUAAUCUCCAGUCUCAGUGUUCUCAUCUGUAGAAUGAGGACAACGCCAACGGUGUGAUGGAUGUAAAGCACUUUAACACAAUGCCUGGCACGUGGGACUUAAAAAUAAUAGUAACUCCAAAAAUAUUUAUUGUGGGCCUAUAGGAGUGACCUGACAAACGGACCCAUUUGGGGGCGGGACACAGGCAUCAAACUGGCACUUACGAUGGUCUGAUUAGCUUGAUGAAUGCUCAAUAAAUGCUAGUCUACUUCUCAUCCAAA